ACGGCGAACGCGCGGGACGGCAGUUACUGCUCUCACAUACCUUCCUUGUUCUUCCUUCCUCCUCCUCCUCCUCCUCCUUCAUCUUCAUCUUCCUCCUUCUCUUCCUGCUUCGCUAGAGAUCUGGCUGAACAUGUCUCGCUCUGCAUGCGCUUCCGGGAUCGGGACGACCGUCCAAGUGCACGUGAAAUGACCAAAGAUCGUGCCUGAACGCAGCGAGCCGCUCGAUCUCAGGAGAUGGGAAAGAAAGGGAGCAGCUGGUUCUCGUCCGUGAAGAAGGUCUUCAGAUCUUCUCCUUCUCCCAGGGAGUUGCCUCCGAAGAGGAAAGAUGGCGGCACUGAGAAGUGGCGGAACGACACGCCGGAGGUGGUCUCACUCGAGCAUUUCCCGACUGAGAGCUCGCCAGACGUCACCAACGACGGAAGCACGGCUUCGACCCCUGUGACUGAGGAUAGGAAUCAUGCAAUCGCUGUGGCGGUGGCGACCGCUGCAGCAGCGGAAGCCGCCGUGGCAGCGGCCCAGGCUGCAGCGAAGGUGGUCAGGUUGGCUGGUUACGGACGGCAUUCUAGGGAAGAGCGAGCCGCAACAUUCAUUCAGUCCUAUUAUAGAGGCUACCUAGCACGACGCGCGCUGCGAGCGUUGAAGGGGUUGGUGAGACUACAAGCACUGGUGAGAGGCCACAACGUCCGCAAGCAAGCGCAGAUGACCAUGCGGUGCAUGCAAGCCUUGGUCCGAGUCCAGGCCAGGGUCCGAGCCUCCCGGCUUCAGCUCUCCCACGACAAGCCCAUCCACGGCAUGACCGAUGAUGGUGGCGGCGACGAUGGCGAACGGCGAGCACCGAUGGGGGCAGGCCCCAAACCUUACAAUAGCAGCCCCGUCACGAAGAGCAAGUACCACGAGGCGUCGGCGGACAACUGGGACAGCAGGCGCCGGAGUUCCGAGAAGAUCAAGGAGAAUAGCUCCAGGAAAAGUGAAGGUGUGAUGAAGAAGGAGCGAGCUCUUGCUUAUGCCAUAAGCUAUCAGCAACAACAACAACUAAUGCAACCGGAACCGGGCGACGUCGACGAAGGACUUUAUGCCAAAGAAAGGGAAAAGGCGCAGUGGGGAUGGAACUGGCUCGAGCGUUGGAUGGCCGCGCAGCCGUACCACGCCCAGCAAUUGGGGGUGCCGGACCACGCUUACAUGGCGCUUCCCACCAUCACCAACGCCACGACCGUGACCGACGACUUGUCUGAAAAGACGGUGGAAAUGGACAUGGUGGCCCCGGAGAACAUGAACUUGGGCUUUCUCGGUAGGGAAUCCAGCGACACUAGCCCGUACUCGACCCGGCAUCAACGCCAGUCGAGCUCGAACAAUGUCCCGAGUUACAUGGCCCCGACUCAGUCUGCCAAGGCCAAGGUGAGGAGUCAAGGCCCGGGUAAGCAGCAGCAGAGUCCAUUGGGGCCGCAGUGGAACACUUCGACUAAGAAAGGGCAGAGCGCCGAAAGGGGCGGCGACUCCUCGAGCUCUGGCGGAGGGACGACGGCCUACCAAGCAACGAGAAGCCCGAUUAAAGUUAGAGGGCCGCCGCACGGCCAGGCCAGGAGACUUGCGGGCUACAGUCCGGAGCAUAUGGGCACUGAUGACUGGACUCUACCCGUCCUUGGGCGUACAUGGAGACAUGAUUUCGGUUGAUUUUGUGGUGUUCUUGCAUCUCUGGGUGUUGAGAUGACUAAUUAUUGUUUAUUUGUCCAUAGACUUUAAAUUUAUGGUAAUGUAAAAGUUUAUGGGUUGACGUUAUGGGACUUUUGUGUUAAAAUAAAACGCAGUGUCUUUGCUUUUCCGCUCCGUCUGUUGUAGUUUUGUAAAAUCAGUCUGUUGUGGUUUUGUAAAAUCAAACGGAUUGUAUUACACAGCAGUUUUGUAAAAUCAAACGGAUUGUGUUACG